CUUUUUUGAACGCGAUGCGGUUGAUAUUGCUAAAAAUAUAACCGAAGCUAUUGCUUACUUACAUGAUCAUGGUAUCAUUCAUAGAGAUUUUGAUCUUGUUGUUACUGGCUUUGGGCUAUCUAAAAUUAUUGACCCAGAAAAAUUUGAUAUUCUCACGACUAUAUGCGUUAAUCCUGCCUAUGUGGCACCUGAAGUUCUUAAGGAGCUUGAACAUAGUAAACAAGUAGAUAUGUGGGCCAUAGGUGUAAUUACAUACUUUUUAUUAUGUGGCAACACACCUUUUGGGGAUGGACGUGUAGAUGAAUUGAUGGCUAUUAUUCAAGCAGAUUAUAAGUUCGAACCUCAAGAAUGCUGGGAAACAAUUUCUGAAAGAGAUUUUAUUAGCAAGUUAUUAAAUAUUGAUCCCAAUAAUCGUCUUACUGCUGAUCAAGCGCUUAAACAUUCCUGGUUUUAUGAACCUUUACCUAAUCAAAUUGGUGAUCAGCCUCGCCAAUUUAAUUCCCGUAAAAUUUUCAAAAAGGCUGUCAAUACCAUAAGAGUAAUUAACGAUCUUUCUCGUACAAAUAGUUCUAAUAUUGUUAAUUUAAUAGAAGAGUCUAGAAAAGCUGCCGAUGAAGAUGUUGCUGAAAUAUUUUAUAUUGAAGAGUAA